AUGAUCCAUUCUUCCCUCGAUUUAUUUAAUGCGUACGACGGCCUCAUUCUCAGCAUGGUCUGCAUUGGAGCGGUGUAUUCGGAGAGGAUAGGUGUAAAAGAGGUUCGCUGGUUGAUGGAAUUGGUGAGAGCAUCGGUAUUCAGGUCCUCACGGCUGUACAAGGGGGCCUCUGAAAGAGCUAGGGAUGUAGAAAAAAGCGUGCCACUUUCUGGUGAUAUUCAAGAGGUCCAGGCUUUGGUGCAUAUUCAUUCGUUGUUCGUGUGGCAUGGUAAUCAGAAGCAGAGGCAGCAGGCUCGGGAGGAAUUCUGGAUCCUUGCUAGCAUCGUACAGCAGCUGGGGUUGUUGCGAACUUUCCCCAGUGGGCAUUCGAACGCGAGCGCACUCCAUCAGCCUGGACCGAUCAAUGUGAGCGAUGUCACCACCUGGUCCUGGGAAGAGUGGCUGGAGCAGGAGACACGGAUACGUGUGAUGUAUCUUGUGUUCCUAAUCGAUGCUUCUCUUGCCAUAUUCUUCAACGCCCAGCCACAAUUCGACAUCUACGACAUUCAGCUUCCUUUGCCAGCUGAUGAUGCGGCCUGGGAUGCCAAAACUGCGCAGAUCUGUGCAAAUGCACUAGGCCUCCAAGGUGAAAUAGCACAAGUGCAGAACCAUGCCGGAAGUCGACGCGCGAAACAGCUCAUCAUGUCGGAAGUCCUCCUUUUGCUUCAUCAAGGAAGUAACCUGCCUCACCGAGCCACGAAUGUCUACUCCAAAUUCGUUCUGAUACAUGCCAUCCACAUCCAGAUUUUUAUGCUUCAACGUCAGCUAUCUAGCUCCUCCCGACUGUCGUCCAGCGGCGCCAGCACGCCUCAAUCGUACCACGACGAGACAACUAGUGGCGGCAGCAGCGGUGCUGUUACUCCGACCGAUGGUAAUGGUGCUCAAUACCCACAAUUUCAGGGUAUGCUACGCAGUACUAUGUGCGCUCUUAUGCUUUGGAAGAAGCAGUGGGACUCAGACAUGCAGCUUCAGUAUGGUACCAAGCAAAGGCCUCUCGGCUUUUGCCGGGACGGAAUCCACUAUUACUUCCUGGCUAAAAUCUUUCUUCAAAAUUCUCGUCGCGAGGACUGGACAGCCACACCAGACGCUCGGUUCCAACAAGUCUUCAACCAGCUCAAGUACAUUCGGACACAUGUGGCGUCCGAUUCAACUUCCAAAAACCUGGAUAUCGGUAGCGUUACAACGAUCAACGACGAUUAUGGCCUGGCAGAUCUCACAUUAAACAUGAAGCUUCUGUUUACACCUGUUUUCGAUACCCUGACAAGUUGA